AUGCGUUCUCUCAGCUCCCUACUCGUACUUGUUGCGCUCGUCAUCCUUCCUCUCGCCUUUGCGGUCACCAUCCCUGACAUCAGCCCACAAGAGGCCCGGGGGGCCUAUAGAGCCGUAAACACCACCGAUCCAGACAUUAUAAAACUUGGGCAGUUCUCGGUCUCUCAGCAUAACAAGGAAGCCAAGAAGAAACUGGUGUUUGAGCGCGUGGUUUCGGGCAGGGAUGCAUUGCUUUUAUUAGGUAAAUACUAUGAACUUAUCGUGAAGGCCAAGGAUGAAUCACUGCCUACGCCCUCAGCUGCAAAUUAUAAGGCUGUUCUUUUUUACAAAUACAAUCCUUGGAAGACGAUUUUAAAAUUGUACGCUUUUCAGAAAAUAAAGGACUAA